AUGGUGACUGCUGGGAAACUUGAUCACAUUUUAUGCGAAAUUAUUGAGCCCACUCUUUUCAUGAUCACUGUUCACUGCUCUGUUGUGUCUGAUUUCCUCUGGCUUAUUCUUUACUUUUUCUAUUUUUCCGGUCUCAGCUGGGAGCUACUGGAGGUAGUAGAUCCUGAAGUCUUGCAGGACUCACUGGAUAGAUGUUAUUCAUCUCCUUCCAGUUAUCUUGAACUGCCUGACUCCUGCCAGCCCUACAGAAAUUUCUUUUACUCACUGGAGGAACAACACAUUGGCUUUUCUCUUGAUGUGGAUGAAAUUGAAAAGUACCAAGAAGGGGAAGAAGAUCAAAACCCACCAUGCCCCAGGCUCAACAGCGUGCUGGUGGAAGUGGAAGAGCCUGGAGUCUUGCAGGACUCAUUGGAUAGAUGUUAUUCGACUUCUUCAACUUACUUUGAAUUACCUGACUCAUUUCAGCACUACAGAAGUGCCUUUUACUCAUUUGAGGAACAGCACAUUAGCUUGUCCCUUGACAUGGACAAUAGGUUUUUUACUUUGACAGUGAUAAGGCUCCACCUGGUCUUCCAGAUGGUAGUCAUAUUCCCACACUAAGCAGCCCUUACUAAGCUGAGAGAUGUCAUUGCUGCAGGCAGGACCUAUAGGCACAUGUAGGCUUGAAUGAAACUGUAGUUCCAUUUGGAAGCCCAGACAUAGGAUGGAUCAGUGGGCAUGGCCCUAUUCCUAUUCUCAGACCAUGCCAGUGGCAACCUGUGCUCAGUCUGAAGACAUUGGACCCAAGUUAGGUGUGACACGUUUACAUAACUAUGCAGCACAUGCCGGGAGUGAUCUGUCAGACAUUCUAAUUUGAAAGAUAUACCCACAUAUCUCUGGGUAGCUACAAAGUUCUUCAGGGAUUUCAUUUUGCCGGCAUGUCUCUGAGCUUCUACACCUGCUCAAGGUUAGUGUCAUCUUUGUGUUUAGCUCAUCCAAAGGUGUUACCCUGGUUUCAAUGAACCUAACCCCAUUCUUUCUAUCUUCAGUGUUGGCUUGUUUUAGCGGAUCCAUCUGUAACACAGGAGGGAUCCUUGGCUGAGGAUUGUAUUUCAGAACCACUGACUGCUCUUGACAGUUGUUAACCCACUAGGCUCUUUUGGUUAGAGAAGCCACAGUCCUUCAGCCUCCAGUUGAUAUCGAUACUUAGGAAGACCACAGCUAGAUGGACAAACAGCAUUGAGAGGCCUCAGCCCUGCUCCUCUCAAUUCCAUCCUGUAGAGAACAGGAGUCAGGAGCCACUGGCAGGAGACAGCAUGUCACCCAGGACUCUGCCGGUACAGAAUAUGAACAAUGCCAUGUUCUUGUAGAAAACGCUUAACGUGGGUUUCAUAGGAGGUAAUCACCAGACAACUGCAGAAUGUAGAACACUGAACAGGGCAACUGACCUGUCUCCUUCACACAGUCCAUGUCACCAUGAAUCACACAACAGAAAGGAAAAGAGAUACUUUGGGUUCAAAAAAAGUAAAAAGAUAAUGUAGCUACAUUUCUUCAGUUAUUUUGAACCCAAAAUAUCUCCUCAUCUUUUUGUUGUUGUCAUUGAUUGUGGUGACAUAGACUUGUUUGUAGAGGACAGGUCAGCUGUUUGGCUCAAUGAUCUACAUUCUGAAGUUGUCUGAAAAUGUCUUCAUGAUUAAAUUCAGCCUAAACGUUUUGUUGGGAACACUGCAAAGUCAAUGCUGUGAGUUUCCAACCUCAGCCCAUCUGCAGGCAGAGAAGGUCUAGUUUGUCCAUCACCAUGAUCAUGAUAUCAGGACAGGUUACUUGGUUAAAGAGGGGUCUAGGAGAUCUGUCCCUUUUAGAGAUACCUUCCUUAUAAUGAAGUAUUUGGGAAAGUGGUUUUUAAAAUAUAAGUGUCCUGUAUUCUAAUGAUCAUGCUCUAAACAUUUUAUCAUUUAUUAAUCAUCCCUGCCUAUGUCUAUUAUUAGAUUCAUAUCUCUACCCUGGAAAUUUUCUGUCUCAAUUUUUACUGUGCCUUUGUUUUUGCUAGUAUCUGUUGUUGAAAAAAAUUCUCUGCCUGAGUUUUAAUUUUUGUCCAAAGUUAAUUUUAAUCUAUACAAUUAAAAACUUUUGCC